AUGCCGCAUGACACCACGGGCCUUCUGAUCUCCCUCAGCUCGGCACAGUGCGUCGCAAAGAGGUACACUGCAGCAGAUGUAGGGGCGGACGUGGUCAGGUGGCAAUCUAUGAAGGUUGAGGUUCCUGUGGUCCAGUAUUCAAAACAGGCAGUUGAGGCGUGUUUGAAUAACCUGCAGGUGGACCAGAGUGCUUUUCAGGAUGUACAGUGGCUACGUCAAUGCAUUGCCACCGAUGUUACGUGA